GCAUGGUAUCAAGAACAUUUUAAAGCUUUUCAGUUGACUGUCUCUCCUGAUAGAGAGGUUGCCCUGGUUGAUCUAGAUCAGCUAACUGAUGCUUAUCCACUGUAUGACUAUAUGGUAGGAGGAAGACGAAUGGUGACCCUGAAGAGGCACAUCCUCAUUUAAGAAAAGAAGAGAAAAAUGUCAAGUCCGGUCAUUCUGAGGAUUGUUUUUGGUGGGGAUGACGAUGCAAGAAAGCUUACACUUAAGACAGGAAUCCCAAAGUCUGUGGAUGACCUUGUACUUGAAAUAAUGACUGUUUUUGGGGUGAAUCAAAAGUUCAGGCUCCAGUACAAAGAUAAGGACUUUGGAAAUGAAUACAUGAAUCUCAUGUCAACCAGUCAAAUUGAAGACAGGGAUACCCUGAAAGUGAUUUUUCUAUCAACUGAUGACUGUAACUCCUGCAUGCAAGAGACUGCACCUGAUGCACCUUCCUGCUCCAGCAUUCGUGUUCCUUCACCCAGCUCAGCCUGUAGCUCUGACACUCUUGACACAAGAGAUGUUAGCCCUUGUGACAUUGACUCAGUCCAGGAAGUCAACUUGUCUGAUGACUCGUUUUCCAGCAGCGCUGAGACUGUCUUAGUUACGUCUUCAGAGUCGAGAACCAGUUCUUGGCCUCAGGUUUUUGUAGUUCCUCGUUUUUCAUGUUCUGCUGAAAUUCAGCUUCAGAGAGCUGACACAGAGUUCAACAAAAGUGGAAUGCUACUUAUUCCACCACCCAAACUAAGAGCUGACAUUCUUGAAGGCAUGGCUGAGGAGAUCUUUAGGUAUGCAGCAUACCCCACUGAUAGUCAGCUUGAUCAGGCAGCUGAAGCCUUGAUAAAUGCCCACCCUUGCUUGAGGGAAAAAGGAACUCGCACUGGGCAUGAAGGAUGGAAACACUACCUAAAGAUUAAGAUGGCUAAUUUUCGCUCUAAACUCAGCAAGAUUGGACACCCCGAAAUCACUGUGAACUCUCUUAGGAACAAGCGUAAAGGUCAGGGUAAAGCAGCAUCAAACAUCAAAAAGCCAAAAAAAGCUGAGGUGAAUUUCCUUCCUUGCCUUCCAAAAGGAGAAACAGCAGAAAGCAUGGAGAAGGAAAGAAUUGCUCUCUUAACUGAAGUAAAAAAGAAAAAUAACGAGGCAGUCGUUAAGGAAAAAAUGCACUUGACCUUCUCCUAUAGGCGGCAAGAGUUGGUUGAGGACUUGCCAAUGGUUACUGAUUUACAAAGCAGGUGGCCUGCGCUGUUCACAGUAAAUGAAAUAAACGCAGAAUUCAUGCGGAUAACGACUGUGCCACUUAUGUCAAAGUUCUUGGCACAGCUGGACAAAUACACUGCUAAUCUACAGAAGGUUUUCAGCAGCAAAGGAGGUGCUUCUGGACAGAAGAUAUCACGCAUUAUGGCAGUUGCAGACAACUGUGGUGACAUACACAUCAAACGAGAUUGUGUCAUACAGAGUCUGUGUGUGUACCUCAAUGAGGACAUGACAACAGUCAUCAAAGAAUUCCAGGACUGCAACCCUGAAGAAGCAGAAAGAGGAAUUUCUGAGACCACUCUGGGGCUUUUUGUGAUUCGCAAAGAAGGUGCUGGUGCUGAGGAUGAGCCGGGUGAUGUUGGAGUUGUGAUAGAGGGUGUAAAGCUGCUACAACACUUAAAGAGUAUUUCCUUUGGAUUAGUAAUGCUCUUCGGACUGAUCUACGCUCUCAACUUAAGCUACCUUCAAAGUCUCAAGUUCACAUUUGAAUUCUUCCAGAAGGUACUGAUGAAUUUAGAUGGCAGCAAGCUUUCCCCAAAGGUUCAAGCACUUAAAAUUAAAAUGUUUCAGUGAAUAGGACAUUCACUGUUUGCCUACAUGUUUCCAACAACUGGAGGGACAUUGAAAACCUUUAGACAAGAAUGCCCUGAAAGAAAUAUUUCUACAAACUGAUGACACUAACUCCAGCAUGCAAGAGACUGCACUUUCCUGCUUCCUGUAGCUCUGAAACUUUUGAUACAGGAGAUGUUACAUAUAUUGCUAUUGAGUCCAGGAAGUCAACUUUUCAGAUGACUCGUUUUCCAGUAGCGUUGAGGGUGUCUUGGGUUACGUCUCCAGUUCUUGGCCUCGUUGUAGUUUCUCGUUUUUCAUGUUCUGCUUAAAUUCAGUUUCAGAGAGCUAAAACAGAGUUCAACAAAAGUGGAAUGCUACUUAUUCCACCACCCAAACA